ACGCAUUGACUGCGUAGCGCUUCUCUCGUCUGACACACACACUUUUCAUGUUCAAGCUGUACAGAGUGUACUUGCUGUAUCUACAGACCUGGAAAUAACCGGUGAGUGGAAGUUCACAUAACGACAUGAAGACCUUGACCCCUCUCACGCUGCUUGCAUUCCUAUGGCUGUCAAGGAAAGUCACCGGCUUUUCUCAAAGUUUCUUUGUGCGCAUUUCCGAUACCGACAGAUCCUUCACUUCCGGUACUGUCAUAGGGACAAUGAACGUACCCAGUCGUAGUAAUUGCAUCACAGAAUGCCUUCGCAUUGGGAGCUGCCUCGCAGUCAACAUUGGACCGGAAGCAGAUAAUGCCGUCACGUGUGACCUUCUGUCUGACAUCCCAGUCUCCCCUAUGAGGAACCUGACUGUUACACCAGGGAUUGACUACUUUGAAAAGACAUGUCAGACGAUGUUUUAUCCCACGAUGGCGACAGUAUAUCUGACUGAAGGAUACAAGGUCGUCCAGAACUCCAUCCUCAUCGACGACAACCGCGGCAGGACGUACGUCUUCAACCUUUCCGAUACUUACGAAACAUCCAGCCUUGAGUAUGAAAGCACGGGAAGCAGUUCAGACCAGAGGCAGAGCAUGGCUGGUAUUAUAUUGGCGGACGGAGUGCGGGAAGUCAGUGUGAUUGAUGGUAUGGUACGCUGCCUCCAUCACCCAUAUUCUGACUCGCCUCCUACACCUUGUUCUGGUCUGAAACCCGUGACGUCCAUCUUUGGAACUGAUGACAUCAACGCUCUCCUGCAACGGUAUGACGGCAACGUGCUUCUCGGCUUCGGUCAUUCCCAGGUGACCAUGGUAAAUGUCACCCUCAACGAAACCUGGCCAGUUGUAGGUACCAUCGACCUGUCUCCAGGCAACCAGACACCCGGAUGGACAGACAUACCCCGGGGAGUGGUUGCGGCUGCAUGGUUCGUCAAACAACCAAAUUCUUUCAGCACUGCAAUCUUGAUAACCCGACACUACUACGUCGUGUACGACUUCGUCAACGACGCCAUUCUGAAGAGAGGCCACCUGUGUCCCGUCAUCGUGUCCUAGGCUGCAGCGUUGAAGCUGUCCACUGCACAUGACGUCCAACUGCAGAAGUUGUAUGACCAUUUUGGUGACGCGCUUUCCGUCCACCCUUUGUCCUCUAACACAACAAAGAUAGUAAGAAGUAACACGUCCUAAGUUCCUGUCCUGUAAAUAAUAAAAAUCUAAUAUGUUUAUGCCUCAAAAAAGAGAAACGGAUGAACUGGAACUGUGUAUCAUUUAACUGUUACCAUUAUGUGCACUUUAAUAUGGUCAGUUUUUCUCAAUAACUGCUGUACCCAGCUUGUUGAUACUUCUCGUAUGUAUUUGUGAUCAUUCUUCAAUUUUCGGGAGCCUUAUAUCAUGUACGCGAGAAAUGCCCGAUGCCAUAAUUGUAAAUGUUGCUGUGUUUGGCCGCAAUGCUCCAGCGUGGCUUGGCUAUUGCCUUUCACUCACAUUUUUGGUAUUAUUCUACCCGCACAAAUCACUUCCGAUACUUUUGCGUUUUGGUCUUUCUUUGUAGAGGAUAUUUGAAAAGUUAACCAUAUUUUGUUGCCCGUGAAAACCAACCGUAUAUUGAUGGUAGCACUAUUUUGGUGAAGAAAGAUAGCUUCGACGGAAGCACUGUCAAGGCAUUUUUCCUUUGACCCCAUUUUGAGUCUUCAUGUCAGUAACAUAACUGAUGAGGCAAAGGCUUUCGCACGUCCAGAUUGGAUACUAAUCGUCGGUCGUGCGUUUUGUUGACCAAAUCUCGGUAAGUUGAUUACGC